AUGACACUCGAAAGGAGGAAGAUCAUCCCAAAUAAUCCCGGUCUUACUAUCCGCACUGCACAGGGAGCGAGUGAUGCGCAGGCCAUCUCAUCACUCGGAUCGCGCGUUUACUCUCUGACCUUCGGGCAUUCUUUGAGUGCUGAAGACCUCAAUGCCUACCUUGAGGAGGCUUAUAGCCUUUCGCAGAUAGCUCAAGAGCUGAACGACCAAUCCAUACAUUUCAUGGUGGUGUGUGACGAGAAACAUGAGGUUAUCGGCUUUGUGCAGUUGACGGAAGGCACCACGGAGGACUGCCUUGCCAAGGAGCAUAAUCCCGUCGAAUUGCAACGGCUUUACAUCAAUCCUGAAUAUCACGGCUUGGGACUUGGCAAACACUUGAUUGCAGAAAGUGAAGACCUUGCAAAGAAACUAGGCUUCAAAACAAUAUGGCUGGGUGUCUGGGAGGAAAACAUUCGGGCUCAAGAAGUUUACAAGAAGAUGGGAUUUGUGAAAGUGGGAUCUCAUGGUUUCAAAAUGGGCAAAUGUGUACAAAUAGAUCAUAUAAUGAGAAAGAUUUUAUGA